CCUGUUAUGGAACCUCUACUGGGUUUAACAUUGCGGGAGACUCCAAUGCCAGGUAUCGGAAAUACAGGGACACAUACACCAACUGUACAUACGUGGUGGGCAACCUGGAGAUUCUCUUCCUGGAUGAUGAGGAGGCUAACUAUGACAUGAGCUUUCUGUCUCAGAUCAGAGAGGUCACAGGUUAUGUGCUGCUGGCCGGAAAUUAUGUGGAUUACAUCCCUUUGACCAGCCUUCAGAUUAUCAGGGGAACAACUCUGUAUCACCACAACAAAACUGGCCAUAUGUUCAGCCUCUUCAUCACACUCAACUAUGAUGACAAUAUUCUAGGAGGAGAACGUGGACUGAAGGAGCUACGAUUCACCAGCCUCUCUGAGAUCCUGAAUGGCAAAGUAUUCUUGCAAAACAACAACAUGCUGUGUUUUGAUGACACCAUCAACUGGACUGAUAUCAACCCUAGCAGCAAUCCUCCUGUCAUCAUCAAUGACACACCCAAGCGACAGUGUGGUGAAUGUCAUGAGAGCUGUUACAAUCCUAUCACCAAUCACAGACACUGCUGGGGUGAGGGACCAAACAUGUGUCAAAAAUUGAGCUAUGGUGUUGUCUGCCAUGACAACUGUGGUGGUAACAGGUGCUAUGGAAGUUUGCCAUACCAGUGCUGCCACCAAGAGUGUGCUGGAGGAUGUACUGGUCCCAAGAAAACCGAUUGUUUUGCGUGUAAAGCAUUCAAGGAUGAAGAUGGAUGUGUGUCAUAUUGUCCCAAGGAUGUCAUCUAUGACAAAAAUUUAAUGAUGAACAAAAAAAAUCCAGAUGUUAAGUACACCUUUGGCUCUCUUUGUGUGAAAGAGUGUCCAGAUUUUCUUCUUCAAGAUGGCAGCUCAUGUGUUCGCCAGUGUUCAGAAGGCAGACACUCAAAAGAUAGACUGUGUAUACCUUGCAAUGGACCAUGUCCAAAAAAAUGCAAUGGUACUGACCCUCCACAUUUUCUCAACUCAAAGAAUAUCAAAGAUUUUGAAGGAUGUACUUCCGUUGAAGGAAACAUGCGUAUAUUAAGUUCCUCUUUCAAUAG